GGUAUUCAAUGUUUUGACAGUUAUUUUUUAAAAGUCAACAUAACCUAAAAAAAUCACAAUAUUGUUUAAUUUUUCGUAUUUACGAUGGAUAUUACGCCAGAAAAGAAUAGAAAUGAUACAGAAGACUCCGAUGAUGGUUUAAAAAUAGUGCUAGAUAGUCCAGUACAGCGAAAGCAACGUUCGAAACCAUCCAGUCCCGUUAUAUCACCGAAAGAUGCAGAAAUAAUUAACACGAUUGCGAACGAAUUAGAUAAAGGACUCGAUGAAAAGGCGGAGAGAGCAAAUUUAAGCGAAUCGAAAGUCAAAUCAAUUUUAAAACAUGUUGUCACAAAUGAGCAUGUGCUUGCUUUGGUUCGACAAGCUGAAAAUCCUGAUUUGGAAAAUAAUUUGAUACCAUUUGAACCAAAAUUGACAAGAGCUAAGAUAAAGGAAUUGCGUAUGGAUGGACCGAGUAUACCAGCGGUGCAUUGGAAAAGAAAAUCAACACCUUCUCGUGUUGAAUCAUUAAUAGUUGAAGAGUUUCAAGAAGAUUCUUCAGGAGAUGAAUAUGUUCCUGAAGAUGAGAAAGAAGUGGAAGAAGAAGAGGAAGAAGAAGACAGUUCCGUUUACAGUGAAUCCGAACCUCCCACACCAAAAAAUGCCGAUUCAAGUACACAAACUCUUUGGACAGAAGAUGGAAUUUUUAAAAUUCCAGCAAGCUUAAAUAAAUUAGAAGAAGAUGAAGCUACCAUCGCUAAGCGAACUCGUUCAAAACUUUCUUUGAGCUCAACAUCUCUAGAAAAAAUCACCGAAGUUCUUCCUCCAGAUCCCGAUAUUGAAUUAGAAACAACUUCAAAUGACGAUAUUUACGAUAUGGAUCUAGAUGAAGAUUGGAAAGACUUUUUAGUGAAGUUUAUGCAACCUCUAGAUGAAGCUAUAAAAGAAGAUGAAGAUCAAGAUCCUGAAUACAAUAUUUUAGCUGAAAAAGAACAAGUUGAUAAAGAAGAAUUAAGGGCCGAUAGGGGAGUGAAAGUUUCAAAAAAAGAAUUGAAUCAAUUAAUUUCAGAAAUUUUUGAAUGCGAAACAUUUUAUACUGAAACUUUUAAUUUAUAUGCAAGCGAAAUUGAGGAGAAAGAAAAUCAAACUUGUCAAAAUUUAAAUCCCCCGAGUAUUUCUUUUGAUGAAAAUGAUGAUGUGAAUAUUACGGGUUUGCCUCCAGAGAAUGAAGAAACGGAAAUCGUAGCAGAAAUCCCUCCAGAUAUGAUAUCUGAAGAUCAAAAAGAACUUUUAGAACAACAAAUGAGGCAACAUGUUCAAAUGUUGACACAAAAUUUUUUAUUACUUUAUGAACAUCCAGAAAAUGCUGAUCUUGGAUUAAAAUGCAAAGAGUAUCUUUUAAAUUUAAAAAAUUUACCAGUAAAUGGUAAAAAAUCUUAUUUUAAUCCAAUUAAUCUCGAUCCGGCUUUAAAAAUUAUCGACGAUUGGGAAAAAAGGUUUACAGAAAACGGACCAGAAGUCCAAGAAACUAGAGCACACAUCGAAAAAACGUUAUACGAUUGCAAUAAAUAUCGUGCCAUGAAUACACAUUACAUUCCAAAGUUUCCACCGUUAUUAAUGAGCAUAGUAGUGAAAAGCAACACAUUUUUAUAUACACAUUUAAUGCCGAAAAUUCCUUUCAAACCAAACAAAGUGUUAAGAAAUGUUGAAUUUUUAAAAUCAGAACUCGAAUUAAUCGCGUUGGGUUUAGAACAAUUUGAAUCAUUCGCAAAAUCUGAUCCCCAUCACCUUAACUCAAAAGGUGAAGUCAAGUUUAAGGAUGUUUGCAGUUACAUUCAACGUUAUAUGUUACCAUCAAAAGAUACUAAUCGCCUCUAUAAGUUUAUAAGUUAUAAGCGACGUGCGGGAGCGGAAAUGAACCCAAUUAAGUAUUACUAUACAAAUGGAACAGCUCCUAAAACAACUCAUUUUUUAAUUGAGAUGGAAAAAUUAGGGUUCCUUUCUCCGAUUGAAAGAAAUAUUAACGAAUUACCAUAUCAAUGGCAAGUUUUUUUGAACCCGGAAAUUGAGAAAGCACCUUAUAAUAGCCGUGGAAAUCAAAAUAAUGGAAAUUUGGUAACACCUAUACUUCCAAAUCAAUUUAUUCCGGUUUAUCAAAUACCACAGCCAUUUCAAAAUAUACCAAUUUUAAUCUGCCCGAUAACCCCUCAACCGAUUUAUAAUAACAAUAAUAAACCACAAACAUCAAAGGAUUACACCAAUAAAAAAAAACGAUCGCUUCCAAAACCCAUUAAAAAAUGCACACCUUCACUGGUUCCCAAAGAAAAGAAAAGAAUCUUAUUUAAUGAAAGCGAAACAGGAAAAUAUUUCAGUGAGUUUUGUUCUCAAAGUUCUCCAACAGCAAAAUUAGAGGAGUACUUUAGACAUAAGCCUAAAAAGUUAAUUACAUUAGAAGAGCGAUUAAAAAAGUUUAAGUUUAAUUCCUUAACAUUAAAAAACUCGGAUAAUUUGAUGAAAAAAAUGUUACCUAGUAUGCCAAGUUUGUGUACCCCUCGAAGAGAGAGUCCUGAAUUAAAUGAGCCGAAUGAAAAAAAUUCAUGUUUUACUGAUGAAACCGAUCAAUCACAAACUUUAUCUCAAAACAAUGAUGAAGAGAAAAGAGAAGAAAUUCAAGAAAAUAUAGAAAAAAUUGAGAAUGAAAUGAUAAAAUAUGAUGAAAUGCUUGCGAGAGAUAAUCAAGAGGAUAUUAAUGCUUUAAUGGUUGCUUCAUCAACGAUAAAGCCGCCAAGAAAAAAAGUUGUUUGUACAGGUGAAAAGAAAAAAGCGAAACAAUUAAAAGAAUUAACAACAAAUCUUACUAUGUUAUCACCUAAUGAAAAGGAUCAGGAAGAAAAAUCUGAAAGAUUCGUGCAAUCUUAUUAUGAAAAAUUAAAGGAACAACUUGACAUUCAUGAUUAUCACCAAUUAAUUGAAAUUUUACACAAUUUUGAACCUGCAAAAGACUCUGUUAUUAAUUUAUAUCAUAAUAUAACAAACAUUUUAAACCCAAAACAUCCAGAUUUGGCUGAAGAAUUUUUAAUAUUUUUAACAGCAUCUCAAGCAAAAUCUAUUGGAAAGCUUGUUCCUUACUUACUUUUAAGUAACAUGUCUUUAUUUCUUAUGAAAUUAGAGAUGUACUUUAAAGAGCAACCCGUACAGGUUAGAAAAAUUUAUCGAGCGCUUACAGAACUUAAUGAAUGUGUGGAUGUUAACAUGGAAAAAGUGACAAGUGUUAUUAUGCCCCUUUUGAAAGGAAAUAAGAUGUUAAUUGAUUGGUUUUUAAGUGUUUUUCCUAAUGAAAAGCCUACGGAAAGUAUGCUGAGUGGUUCAUGGGAAGUUGUUGAAAUUCCUAAAGAUCCUUUACCUGCAAAUGAGGAGCCUUAUGAAGUUAUAACUCUUCCAGAAUAUGAUGAUCCUUAUGGAGGCCCUAAUUGUAUUUGUCAAUGUCAUGAAAGUGAAGAUAAUUUGUAUAAAAUUAGGUCGAAACAUUGUAUUCCAUGUGGAUCUAAAUUUCUUCAAGGUAAAGUGUACAUCCAUACCGGAAAAGGUUUAAGACAAGUAAAAGUAUCAUUCUCGAAAAAAUCUUCGGGUUUAGAUCCAUUUACAAGAUUAGGAUGUCCUCCGCAAACAAAAAAGAAAUCCGAUUUAGUACAAUCCAAACCGAAUAAUUCAACGACUACGCAAAAUAAAGAAACUCACGAUGAACUUCGGUUAUUAAGCAACGAAAGCGAUGAAGAUAAUGAAAAUACAAAAAAUAAAAAAUCGGGUUCGAAUAAAAAUCGUUCGCCGAGAAAACGAAAACAAAAACCGAAAAUCGAAAGACCCAAAAAAGAGAAGAAAAAAUUAAAAGAGAAAAAAUCAUCAUCGAAAGAA